AUGCAGAGGAAAUGCCAAAAUUUCUUAAAGCUGCUAGACAAUGUCGAGAAUUUUGUCUUUCGUCCUUACAGCACCUCAGCAGAGACCUUCACUUUCGUGCCCUUCUAUACUGACGUCAGUGAUACGGUUGAGAUUCCAGCAGCCGUAUCGCAGAGUGACCAGUUCCGGAAGUAUGCUUUGUUGAAUGUUGCUCCCAUCCCCUUCCCUACUCUUGGAGACCACUGUGCAGAGGUUUCCGUGACCUACUCUCCACACCGAGUCAGGAGGCAGUUCGGGCUUGACCAAGGGGUACCCAGCAAUCCUAACCAUGAUGACCCUUUUGCUUUACACAGGAUCUUCUGGAGCAAUGACCACAUACCAGCCAAUUGCAGGCCCAUCGUUCUAGCAAGCAAGGCGAGGGUUGGUGGCUUCUCUAGAGGCUACCAAGCCUACUGGAAACGCUGUCUCUCUUCCUUCCGUGAGUUCCAAUCCUUUCCCGGGGACAGACUGCCUCCUACAACGGCUCACGAAGCCAAAGCCGGGGGUACAGGUCCUGGCGGUUCCGGAAAAAGUGCAACGCCAGUGUCAGGCAAAAGAAAGCGAGAGGAGGAGCAAAAUGUGAGUGAGAAGCAGACUGCGGGUAAACCCAAAAGGUUCAUUCCAAAGGUAGCCCAAGUGGCCCUUCCCCAACCAAAGAAGCAACUCCCCCGGAACAUCCACAGUCUUCGAAGCCUGCUGCAUCCGGGAGCUGGGGUCGUGCCGGCAAGGUGCCGGAAACUACCCCUCUCCGCCGUAAGUGUUCUCCACGAAUUCUUGUUAUCCGAGACAGUCGCGGCUUUGAAGAAAUUUCUAGACAAGUACGGGGAUUUCAUGGACAUGACUGGUAUUACUUCUUCAUUCUCGCGCUGUGCUGCUUUCCGGACCCUCGGCUUGGUGCUCCAUGGGAUGGAUACCAUGCAGCUGCUGGACAUUACUGAUCACAGGCUCCUUUGCUGGCGGGAUGCAGUUUGCGAGGCUAUGACUCUGGGCUUUCGAGCAGAGUCUCUUCUGAACCUGGUGAAGGGUUUGGCACGUGCUGUUCAUGAACAUGAAGUCAAAUCCCGGCCCUGA